AACCUGGAGGGCAAAACCUGUCAGAAUGUCUGAAACUAUUUAAAAUCCGGGUGUCUGGAAUGUAACCAUGUGAGGAGGGGGCUGGCUGUUUCUCUGAGCUUGGUUAUUGUCUUGCUGCAGUGCUUUUAACUGACUAAAAGCCACCUUGGUGACUUGCUGGUUCUUAUUGUCCAAUGAGAGAUUUAUCAGCAAGUCUGUUGUGUGAUUUUUAAAAUAUUUUUAAGGAAAUAAUUUAUAGGUGCCUUUGUGCAGAAGCGUUUGGCUCUGCAGUGCUAGAGCUGAGAAUUCUGCAGGCUGGCCUUCAGCUGAGGCCCACUCUGAAAUUUCUGGUCCCUGCAAUCCUUUCCACCUGACUUUUUUAUCUUCACUGAUUCUUUUUUCAGUAAUGAGGGACUUUGUGGCACUCCUUAAAACACUUCACACAUCUUUGUGUUCCAGGAAGCCUUUGGAAAGAGCUGUAGAUCUCAAUAAUGUGCCAGUGAAAUGGAGGCCCAGGGCUGCCUGUUGGAAGUAUUGCUAGAAAUAUUACACCAGCACGUGUUCAAGUGUUCCAUCAGGCCUCUCUCAGGAUAAUAAAACACCCAUUUGGCAGCUGGGGGCAGGGGAGAUGAUUUUCCUUUGGGAAAUGUCCCUUCUGAGCGCUGGUGAUGUCACAGGGUGACCUGCAGCCCUGGCUGCUGCUGAGGCACGCUGAGCUCAGUACAUUAAUCAGAAAUGUUGUUGUGAGGACCCUCAGCACACUCAAGGAACUGAUUGCAGCACCCCCACGUGAGGUGCUGGUCAGGGAACUCUGGUUCCUGACAGUGACACCAGGGGAUAAAUUUAGAGGCUGUAAAAGGAAAUGGUGCUGUCUCUUCUCUUUGCCAAGGUGAACGUGCUUGCAGCUCCUCAGCGGCAUGGUGUUCUCUGGAGUCCCCAGGCACAGCCAAGCAGUGGCUGAGAGAUUUUCUGCCCUCACUGCUCAUUUUUGAUGAAAGGAUCAAGUGCCUUUAUUGUGACAGUUCUUCUGUAGUGUGAUUUUGGUCUUUGCAGAGUGUGAUUUGGGCUGUAUUCGAAUUGUAGUGUUUGUUUAUUCAUUGUGGCAGUGCUUGGAAGGCACAAACAGGUGGGAGGGUGACUUGUUAGAGCAUCACGUGGGGAUGGGCCUUUGGCCAAAGCUGUGAGGAAAUCAAGUGUUCCUGGGAGAAACCUGGAAUUUCUGGGACACAGAACGUCUCAGGACAACGAGUGGGCGCUUCAGUGUUUGCCUUUCUCAGCCCUUGCUGUUGCUGUAUUGAAAUCUGAGAGUUGCUAAGAAUAACCCCGAGUUCCCUGCAGCCAGGUUUGGUGCCCCACUGGCAGGACGGGAGCUCAGCCUCACUUCCUGUGGCCGUAGGUGAGAGCCAUUGCUCCAGCUCUAGGACGGGCUCUUGCUGGGGUGUCCUGGAGGAGCUGGAAGGUCAGAUCCUCGGGGUCAGCGAUGUUGGAGGCUCACCAUGGGCUCAGGGAAGGCUCCUCUUAGCUCUGCUCACGCUUGGGAGUCGCUGAGCCGUGGGACGGGCAGAGCAGGAUCACGGGCUCAGUGUUCAGCUCAACUUCUGCAAUUCCAGUAGCAGUUCCUCAUUCCAUCCCAUCAAAACCCAGGUGACCAUUCCAACAGCCCACGUUAUGCCUUCCACGCUGGGUGCCUCGCCCUCCAAGCUGUGCCCUGCAGGGGACCAGGGCUGCUCCCAGAGCUCUGCCAUGCCAGCCUCUGCCCCUGACCGCCCAGGACUCACCAGGAACGGGGACUUGAACGCCGGGAAGUCCUCUCAGGUGCCACCCAGGGACCUCCUGCGUCUCUACAGGGCUUCGGGGGAGAACGGCUGCGAGCGCUCCUGGCCUCCUGCUGCUGAUCACACGAGGACAGAAGACGCCUGGAAGUUUGACACCCCUGCCAUCGAGCAGACCCUUAACCAGUCUCUCUUUCUGGACAGUGUGUGCACUGACCCUCUGCACAGGUGCCAGAAGUUCAACCCAAGCUCUGAGGCAGGGAAGGACCAUUACAAGGUGCUGCCAGAGAGCAAACAGGCGCCAGGGGCCAACGGAGCCUGCGAGCCCCGGGACGGGACGUGGCCCAGCGGGAGCAGGCUGAUGCCAGCGGGACUCCAGGCCAACAAUUUCUAUUCAAAACCUGUAGUAGCUCCCCCAGCCCGAGCGUGGGUGCAGGAGGGCUGCACACUGCACCCCCACCAGGGAGUCUGUGAGCUCAGUGCCUGGAAACAGCAGCUGGACAAAGUGAGGCUGCAGGUGGAGCAGAUGCAGUUACAAAAUGGAGGCACCUGCCCCCAUUCCUCCUUGUAUUCCCCAUCCCUGCCUGCACCUGACCCAGCUCAGUGGAUCAAUAUCCUCAACUCCAAUGAAAACCUGCUCAAGGAGAAAGAGCUCCUCAUCGACAGACAAAGGCAGCACAUUUCCCAGCUGGAGCAGAAGGUCCGGGAGAGCGAACUGCAGGUUCACAGUGCCUUGCUGGGCUGCCCAGCCACCUAUGGAGACGUCUACAUGCUGAGGAUGCAGGAGCUGCAGAGGGAGAACACCUUCCUCCGAGCACAGUUCACAGAGAAAACAGAGUCCCUCAGCAAGGAGAACAUUGAGCUGGAGAGGAAGCUGGCUGCUGCAGAGGUGGAUGUGAAGCUGGUCCGGGAGUCGCUGAAGGAAACGGUGCAGAAACACGCAGAGGAGUUAAAGAAGCAGGAAGAAAGGGUAAAGGGAAGAGACAAACACAUUAAUAACCUUAAAAAGAAAUGCCAGAAGGAAUCUGAACAAAACAAAGAGAGGCAGCAAAGAAUCGAGACCCUGGAACGAUACCUGGCUGAUCUUCCAACUCUUGAGGACCACCAGAAACAGAGUCAGAAGCUGAAGGAAUCUGAACUGAAGACUACUGCCCUGCAGGAAACAGUGCUGGCACUGGAAUCAGAGCUUGGAGAUGUCCAGGCUGCUUUCAGGGAGCAAGAGCUGCAGCUGGAAACCCAAAAACACAAAGAGAUGGAGCUUCUGUCCACUGUGCGCAGCUUGCAGGACAAGUUGCAGCAGCAUGCAAAGAAUGCAGAGAGAGGACCCCCUUCUCAGGAUGGAGAGAGGCAGAAAUUGGAACAUGACUCUCUGAAGAAGGAGUGUGACUGCCUCAGGAAGAUUGUGGACAAAAAGCAGAAGAAGAUGGAGCAGUUGUCCUUGCAAGUCAAGAACCUGGAAGAACAGGUGGCCCAGGAAGAGGGGACAAGCCAAGCUCUGAAGGAGGAGGCGAUGAGAAGGGAAAACGCUCUGCAGCAGCUCCGGGCUGCCGUGAAAGAGCUGUCCGUGCAGAACCAGGACCUGAUCGAGAAGAACCUGACGCUGCAGGAGCAGCUCCGGCAGGCCCAGCUGACGGCCCAGCCCCUGCCUGCUGACACAGCCCACCUGGCCCAGGAGCUGCACGGGGAGCUGGCCAGCUGCCUGCAGGAUUUACAGUCUGUCUACAGCAUUGUCACCCAGAGGGCUCAGGGCAAGGACCCCAACCUCUCUCUGCUCCUGGGCAUUCACUCUGUGCAGUACCCUGUGAAGGAGAAGGAUGACCUGCUGAGCCCUGAUGGACUGGCCAAGAAACUGGUGGAGGUAAAACAGCUUCACAAAGAGGUGGAGGACUUGAGGACUGCGAUAUCUGACAGAUACGCUCAGGACAUGGGAGACAACUGCAUCACCCAGUAAAGAACACUCCCAAAGUAAGACAGGGAAUGAAGACUUGAAACUCUCAGGAGUCUUGUGCUCCUACAACCCUAAACCUAUUCAGCACUUUACCAUCCCUCUGCUCAGGUACAGGAUGUGUGACCUGCCUGAUCUGUGAGGAAUCAGGAGGUUUGGCAGGAGUGUUCAGCUGCUGACUGGCUAACUGGGAUAAUUCAGGGCUUUGGUGUCAGGCUUUGCAGUAGCUUUGAUCUUGUGGAAUCUGUUUUAUGCUGUGUUUGCUGGAGCUGCUGUGGUCUCUGAUGCUGGGAGAUGAAUUCUGACUUGCCUUCCAGGCAUGUCAAAUGCUGAACAUGCAAAUGUGACGGUUAAAAUCACGGCUAAAAGGGAAAUGCAUGCCCUGGUCUUGCUGAUAGCCUCCCUGUGCAGGUCCUGUGUGACCAGAGGGUUAUCAGAGUGUUUGUGGGCUAUCUGGAUUCCACAGGCAGGCAGGUGUGCCAGUUACACUCCUGGCAUUUACAUCGAGGUGCUACUGCCUUGGAUUGAUGGAGCAGGACCUGCUUUCAUCAGGUAAAUGCAACCAGUGUCUUUCAGCAGCCAGCAUGAGUUGAGGAAUAAAGCAACACUAAAAGACUCUGAAACCCUCCCCCCUGGGCACUGUUACCCCAGAAGCCUUAAGCUUUUUGUCCCCCUGAAGCAGCACUGGGAGUAGUGGGCUGUGAUUCAGACUGCAGAGGAAGUGGAUUGAUGCUCAGGUGCCUUAAUGAGCUGGAAGAACCCUCUGCCCCCACUCUGCUCUGUGCCCAAGGCAUCCACUGGCGGGUGAGGAGCUGCUCUUCCCUCUCACAGCCUUUUAGAGCCAUCACAAACAAUCCUGGGGAGCUCCAAGUGUCUGUGGCCCCUGCCAGAGCCUCUGUGCCCCUGGGGACACAUCUCUGCUUUACUGGGAGAAAGCCAUACUGGUCCCAAUGAGGGAGCUCUUCCUGCAAGGCAGUGGCCACUUGGGCUUUGUCACAGCCCUGUCCCUCCUUCCCUGCUCCUCUGCAAGUAAUGGGAUUUCUAAAUCCCAUUGUGGGAUCAGUUUCACUGCACCACAACCCUCCCUAACCUCAGUUACAGCUUUACAGUACAGAGUCCGAGGGUGGAACCUUAGUUUUCAUCUUGAGAGCAAGAUACCAAGUUAUGAGAGGGGGAAAAAUCCUGCUGACAUUUGUGUUGUUUGGCUGCUCUUGGUUCAUGUUGGGGCUGCGAGCCCUGGGUUUGGCAGAAAUGUUUUUGUUAUUCCUUUGUGUUAAAAUUUUAAGACCAAAUCUGUUUUGUUCUUAGUGUUUGGCCACCAUGGGGAAUGGUGACAAGGAACUGGGUUGGUUUGUCCCUCACGAGGAGCAGUGUGUGCCUGGCAGUGUCUGUCUGUCUGUCUGUCCGUCCUGCUCUCCCUGGGUGUUGUUGUGUUCCUGGCUGUGUCUGUCCCUGGGCUGCUGGUGCUCUGGACUGAGCAAAACACAUUUCCAGGGUUAUUUGUGAUGCUGUUUGUCCUGAGUGCCGGGAGCUCUGCUGGCUCCUGCAGGUUCUUCGGGGGUUUGGGCACCAUCUCUUCCUCCCGUUUGCUUUGGAGGUGCAAGAUCUCCUCCAUGGGUGCUGUGAGGGGACAGGUUUGCCCUCUGCCCCUGCAGAGGUGGUUCUGAGAUGAGAUUUUUUGUGGCUGGAACCACCUCAGCUGUUGCCCAGGUCCCGUGUCCCCUCCAUGGGCACAUUUCCUCUCCUCACCUUGCACAGCGGAGCCCCUCUGGCCCAGAGGGUGAUCCCAUGUGCCCUUUGCUGCUGCUGCAGGGGAAAUCUUGGGCCCUUUGCUGCAGAACCCACGGGGACAGGACACUGUCCCCUCCCUGUCCCCCCUUCCUCGUGCCUCGCAUGUCCCCCCGCUCCCUGGGCUCUGUGUCUUUGUGCCAGCCUCUGUCUCACCGCUUGUUUGUACCGAGGAUUUGGAGAAUCAAAUAAAGCUGCUCUGACCCA